AUACAGCCCAGUGGCUGUGGCAGUGGCGGGUCUUCCUCUGUGGCUUAGAGAUCUGAAAGGACCAAAAUUUAUACAAAUAAAAGCAAACCCAGUGUGAAAAUGGAGUACAGGAAGCUCAAAGAUCAGGAUCAAGAUGGAGCUUCAGCUCCUGAAGACGUCGAGAGUUUAAGGGGAAAGCCUAUUUCUGCUGUGGGUCCAGUUGAGCGGACCAAGUGGAAGCGCAAGUCAAUUGUUACUCUGGCUUUGACUUUCCUUACGAGUUCACAAGCUAUAUUGAUUGUGUGGUCGAAGAGGGCUGGGAAAUAUGAGUAUAGUGUUACCACUGCAAAUUUCUCGGUGGAGGCUUUGAAGUGUGCCUUGUCACUAGCUGCUUUGGCACGAAUCUGGAGCAAUGAAGGUGUUACUGAGGAUAACAGGUUGAGUACAACACUGGACGAAGUUGGUGUAUACCCCAUUCCGGCAUUGCUUUACCUAGUCAAGAAUCUGCUUCAGUAUUAUAUCUUCGCAUAUGUGGAUGCUCCGGGUUAUCAAAUACUGAAGAACCUGAACAUUAUCAGUACGGGUGUUUUAUACAGAAUCAUACUAAAGAGAAAGUUAAGUGAGAUUCAAUGGGCUGCUUUCAUUAUACUAUGUGCAGGGUGCACUACAGCACAACUGAACCCAAAAUCUGAUAGUGUUCUCCAAACUCCAUUACAAGGUUGGGUGAUGGCCAUUGUAAUGGCACUUUUAAGUGGUUUUGCUGGAGUAUACACCGAGGCCAUUAUUAAAAAGCGCCCUUCAAGGAAUAUAAAUGUGCAGAACUUCUGGUUGUACGUAUUCGGAAUGGCCUUCAAUGCUGUUGCUAUAGUGAUUCAAGAUUUUGAUGCGGUGAUGAACAAGGGAUUCUUCCAUGGAUACUCAUUUAUUACAGUUCUAAUGAUUCUCAACCAUGCACUCAGUGGCAUUGCUGUGUCUAUGGUUAUGAAGUAUGCUGAUAAUAUUGUGAAGGUAUAUUCUACAUCGGUAGCAAUGCUUCUUACAGCAGUUGUGUCUGUGUUUCUAUUUGGCUUUCAUCUAUCCCUUGCCUUUUUCCUUGGCUCAACCGUUGUCUCAGUUGCGGUUUAUCUGCAUUCAAUUGGGAAGGUGCAAAGAUAGUGAUGACUUCAUUUUGUCAUCUCCGCCCACUUCUUCAGUCAGUGUAAAGGCGUAUGUUACUUAUAUAUUUUUUGCCUUGUUCUAUUCAAAUGUUCAGUAGAUAUCUUGAAUACUGAUUCAAAAUCAGAUUAGAUGACAAGGAAUAUACUCUUUCUCCUGUAAUUUGUGUUCAAUUCAUUCAAUAUUAAAUGAGUUCAAGGUUCUAGUU